AUGUUUGAAAAUGGAUUCAAAGAAGGUCAGCAGCUCCAAGCGGCUCUAGAAGACAUGGAAGGGAUUGUAUCAGUGCAGAGUCUAGAGGCUUUCUUACAAUGGCUCUACCUUCGCGAAGUCAGUUUCGAUUUAGAUGAGCCAGAAAGUCAAAUUUCAGCCGCUAUCGAGCUUGCUCGGUUUGCAGACAUGUGCAAGAUAACCAGAAUCGAGUCUUAUAUCGCUGAGUAUUUCAAGCGAAUUUUGGUCAAAAACCCCGAACCUGAACCCGUCGAGUUUGGUAUUGAUAUCAACACCUAUUUUCUGACGAGCCAGCAUAUUGUUUCGACGACUUUCUUACCUCGAGGGCACACGGUCCGUCGAAUUCUCGCUGCAGCAAUGGUGGAGCAGUCUCUUCUCUGUGAAGAUGACUUAAUAUCGCAGCAGAUUUACAAGUAUCCUACCUUUGGAGUUGAUCUUCUCGAAGAAGUGAGAAAGACCCUUAAGGGAAUGACUAUCGGCCAAUAA